GUAGCACGCUAUGCCUGCUGUGUGUGCUGGCUUCUUUAUGCAUCGGCGCGCUAAUGGCUGACGUCAUCGAUUUGUCUGACGCUUUGCACACUUUUGAUGACGAAGAAUACCCUAGUGAUGACGAACUCAGUUACGUAAGCAAAACAGGAUACGCAGACAAGAGGGGGUAUGGCGAUAAACGGGGUUACGGCGACAAAAGGGGUUUCGCCGACAAAAGGGGUUUCGCCGACAAGCGAGGUUAUGGCGACAAGCGAGGUUACGGCGAUAAACGAGGUUUUGCCGACAAGCGAGGUUACGGUGAUAAGCGCGGUUACGGCGACAAGCGGGGUUACGGCGACAAACGAGGUUACGGAGACAAGAGAGGUUACGGAGACAAGCGGGGAUACGGAGACAAGCGAGGUUACGGAGACAAGCGAGGUUACGGCGACAAGCGGGGCUACAGCGGCAAGCGAGGUUACGGAGAUAAAAGAGGUUACGGCGACAAACGGGGUUACGGUGAUAAAAGAACCUACGGAACAGAGAACUUUCAAACAAGGAACCAAAAUGUUUUGAGAUACCUCCUCACCCAUUUCAGGUUUCCACGAACCCACGUGGCGUUGAUAGGGAAACCGCUGUUGCUGUAGAAAGCAGUUGAUCAAUAGAAUAACCAUUGUUGAUGUAGAAAUUGAUAGAGAAACCAUAGUUGAUGUAGGAGAACAACUGAACUGGGUGCUUUGUAUGAUCGUGUGUUUGACACUGGGUGUCAGUAUUGGUCUUAAAUAAACUACGAACGUUCAGGGACAAAACAUUCGAGUUACAACAGUAGUGUGUGUUGACUGUGUAUGCCUUACAUUAUAAAAUCCCCCAACUAUAUCACUGAAGAUUUGCGCAUUUAACAAUGCACGAAUUAUCUUAAACCUUGAAAAAUGUGGUUUAAUUUUAAUAAAUAAACAUAUUUCAUAAUAAAAAAGUUUUGAUAUAAACUUUGUGAAAGCAGAUAUCUCAGCCAUACACUUAUAUAAACUUUGUGAAAGCAGAUAUCUCAGCCAUACACUUAAUGCUGACUUCAUGUCAAAUUUGAAGGGAAAUCACGCUAGCAUAUAGCACAUCGAUUAAGUAUUAGGUCAUUUCUAUCGUUGACAUGCGUUGAACAAUUUAUGUCAUGUAAGUGAUAUGAAUCGAUGGAAAUAUUCGAUCUAUUUUUAUUUAUGAGGUAACAGCACUGUUUAUAGUCCGUCUGCGUCAAGAGGGAAUCGAUGAAUCGGCAUAUAACACAUAACGCUAAAAUUUAAAUCAAAACAUAUUAUAACGUUUUAAACCCAUACCAAUACGCAAAACAUUUUUUGUUUUUGAAAAUAAAAUGUCAUUGUAAA